ACAAUGUCUCUUAGAUUUAAGCAAGUUGACGUUUUUACUAGCAAGAGAUACAAGGGGAAUGCUGUAGCGGUGUUUUUUGAUGCAGAUGACCUUGAUCAAGAGCAAAUGCAACAAAUUGCCAAUUGGACAAAUUUAGCAGAAACAACAUUUGUAUUGAAACCAACAGAUCCUAAAGCUGAUUAUCGUCUUAGAAUCUUUACACCCGGAUGUGAAUUACCAUUUGCAGGACAUCCUACCUUGGGAUCAUGUCAUGCUAUAUAUGAAAGUGGCUUGAUAAGUCCUCGCAAUGGACAGUUUAUUCAAGAAUGUGAGGGUGGUCUUGUCACCAUUUCUCUUGAAAAUGAUAUCCUUUCAUUUCAAUUACCUUAUAAUAGAACAUCUGAGGUUACAGAAAGUAACCAUAAGGAUAUAGCAGAUGCAUUAGGAGUUAAUAUCGAGUCAAUUACUUCAUAUUCUCCUCCAAUUGCAAUUGACGUUGGACCAAAAUGGUUAACCAUAAAAUUCCCGGAUGCUCAAGCUGUUAUUGGUUUAAAUCCAGAUUUACAAAAAAUUACAAAGUUAUCAUCUAAACUUCAGUUGACCGGAAUUCAAACAUUUGGAGAAUAUGAAGAUGGCUCAUUAGAAUCAAGAACUUUUGCCCCAAUUGUCGGAUUGAAUGAGGAUUUUGCAUGUGGAAGUGGUUCAGGAGCAAUUGGAACUUUUAUUCAUAAAUUUGGUAAUACCGAAAUUACAAGAUUCAAAGUAAAGCAAGGAAGAAGAGUUGGAAGAGACGCUGAACUAAAUAUCAGAAUUGAUGGCGAUAAAAUACAUGUUGGAGGUUCAAGUAUUACUUGUCUUGAAGGAACUUAUCAAAUUUAAAAAGUGUGGAGAAGUUUGCGAUAAGAUUUUUUCUCAUUCAAAUUAGGAAGUUCAGUCCGCACAAUUUAGUAUAUAUAUAUAAAUAAAUAUGU